UUGUUUCUCUCUCUUAGGCAAGCAAAGCUACUGUGUGCUACCCUAUAAAAGGCCCUCACCAACCCAUGGCUUCUUCUCCUCAUCAACCAUAGCCAAGCAAGAUUGAUCAAUCACUUAUCCACACCCACAGCUAAGCUACAAACCUACUAGUGCUACUACACUCCAAGCUUACCAUAAGCAAAGAUCAAAGAGACACGAAGAACAAGAACAAGAACAAGCAAGAUCAUGUACCAUCAUAACCAUGGCGAGGUGGCCAGCCUCCACUUCCUCUUGCCUCCAAACCCUUCCUCCUCCUUCACCACUCACCACCACAUGAACAUGGCCUUGCCGCCUCAGGCCUACUUCCCGCCGUCCUUUGAGCCUCCCGCUCUACUCACCGGCGAUGACACGGCGGCUGCCUUUGAGUUCGAGACGAUCCUAGAAGAAGCGGCUCACCUCGUCAGCGGCAAUGGCUCCCCCAGCUCGGGCUCCGACGGCGGGGGCGGAAACUGCUACUACCAGGAGGGUAGUGCUGGCGCUGGCGCUGCCGCUGCGGAGGAGAGGCGGCGGCGGCGGAUGGUAUCGAACAGGGAGUCGGCACGCCGGUCGCGCAUGCGCAAGCAGCGGCAGCUGAGCGAGCUGUGGGCGCGUGUCGCGCACCUCCGCAGCGCCAACCGCCGGCUCCUCGAUGAGCUCAACCGCGCAUUGAGGGCUUGCGCCGAUGCCUGCCGCGAGAGUGCCCGGCUCAGGGACGAGAAGACCAAGUUGACUGAGAAGCUCGAGCAGCUGUUGAAACAACCGGCGCCGGAGAAGACGGCCUCAUCCUCCGCGGCCUCCAGCAAUCGCAGUAGCUGCUCCUCAGAGCCAUGCAAGAACAGCGCCACUGCUGCUGAUGGUGUUACUGAAUGAAUACUAUUCAUAGUAUCUUAUCCAACCAAAUUUUUACUUGAGGGGAUACCAACUACUAUAUCAAUAAAAACAUGUAUAACUAAACAAUGAUAUAUGCUUAUUUAAUGGUGAUAAACUAGUAGGGUCAUAUCCCUGCUAAUCAAUUUCCCUAUUUGGAAGAUGUUUUCUGUAACUAGUUUGGUAGUAAAUCUUGUGCCGGGUAGAUUUAACAUGGAUAGGGAUUAUUAUUUGCAA